CCGGACAGCCUUCUCCCUUACGGACUUUAACCUGAAGCGUCUCCUCUUCCAAGUGGGCGGUACAACAUCGGGAGCGUUCUCGUAGCUCGGACUCACCCAAAAAGAGUUACGAGGAGCCCGCGGCGGAAACGCUUCUUACAGGAAGAGCGCCGAAGAAGACGCAAGAUGUCACAUGCGAUGUCUGGCGGCUCGCAGGCCGAACGACACUGAGCGGCGGUCCACGCAGGCACUCGUCUCGACGGGACAUCAGCGAGAGGACAUGCGCAAAGUAUCGGAGGGCUGAGAGUGCCGGGACUUAGCACGAAGAUGACCACUUGCGGAGUUCAUAUGGUGCUGAUGGUAAUCGGUUAUUUGUCCUACCUGCUCAUGGGGGCCGCUAUCUUUCAAGCUUUGGAGGAGCAGUCCGAGAGAAAAGUGAAGAGGGAGAUGGUAGAUCAGAAAAGACUGUUUUUAGAAAACCACUCCUGUCUGUCAGAGGAAGCAAUGAGAAAUUUUUUACAGAUGAUGAUGAAAGCUCAGCAAAAUGGAGUGAACUUGUUAGAAAUGGAGUCAUUAAAUCAAACCAACUGGGAUUUCAGUGGUUCCUUCUUUUUUGUUGGAACUGUUAUUACAACUAUAGGGUAUGGAUACCUGGCUCCUCGUACUGCCGGAGGUCAGAUUUUCUGUGUACUCUUUGCAAUGUUUGGAAUCCCUCUGAAUCUGAUCGUCUUGAGUCGGGUGGGCAAACGGCUUUCCUCCUGUACAGAAAGACUGGACAAGCUGCUUUACAAGCGAGGAAUUGAGAAGAAACUGGUGAAGAUUGUGACUAUGGUUUUUUUUCUUAUGAUGGGCAUCUUUCUAUUCCUGGCUAUCCCCCCCUUAGUAUUCCAUUCAAUUGAAGGCUGGAGCUAUAGAGAAGGAGUGUAUUAUGCAUUUAUAACUCUCAGCACCAUUGGCUUUGGAGAUUAUGUUGUGGGUGUAAAGAGUGGCAAACCUUAUUAUCGCUUUCUUGUGGCCUUGUGGAUCCUUUUUGGGAUGGCAUGGUUGGCAUUUCUGUUCAAUUUGCUGACCAAUUUUUAUACAGACACCGAAAAGAAGAUCACUAAAGUGCACCAGAAGAGGAAAGCAGCCAAAGCUGUGAAAGAUAUUGGGAAUGGCACCCCGCCUGUCAGCCCAAUUUCCGAAGAGACUGUUGCCCUAGAGAUGAACUGCAGUACGAUGGUGCUGCUCUCAGAACAAGACAGUUUGGCACCCAGCAUGUAACCCAGAGGUGAGAUUGGGAAUCGUCAGUGAUCUUAAUAUCAGAGACUAAAAUGGCAGGCAAGCAGCUCUAACUUGAGACAUUCUUGAGCCACCAGUUACUUUGACUCAACCCAUGUGGCACAGAGUACGAGUUUAAUUUUGAACUUCACACCAAAUCUAAUUCCUGCCUCAUAUUUAUUACUGAAAUAAAGUGUUAGGUAUGUCGAGUUCUCCUCGGUUAGUUAUGAGGUGGCAUGUGUGUAAUAUUCAAUUACACAAUUAUUUAAUCUUUCGAUAUCAACAGAAUUUAUGUGUAAAUUAACAUGAUUGAAGUGAAAGGUUUGCAGUUCAAAAUGCGUUAAGUUUGUUGCCAAUCUAAUUCAGUGUGAUGGGUAUGUACACUUCCUACGUCUUACCAGUUUUCCAGCUUCUACGUGUAUGUAAAUAGCUGUAAAUAUUAUAACCAUUUCUUUGAAGUCGUGAAACAGGGUGAUGUCAACUAAGACAACAUGCAUUUAUUUUAAACUAGUAUAAGGGCUAAAUGUAGAUUUAGUAAUGCCUCUGUGGCAACAACUUACGUUUUGAUUUAAAAUUAUAUAUUUAACAUUGAAAAAAUGUUUUAUGAUACUAAAUCUUUCUUCUCACUUGGAAAAUUCCACAUGUGAUUAAUUUGUAUUGCGAAGCAUAUGUCUGUUGCUUAAAAAAAACAAUUUUUUGAUUAAUGUUUUUUUUUUAAAUGUGGGUUUAAAUAAUCUUUUCACUCUUAAUUAUACAUUAAUUAAUGUUUGAAUUGUCCUAAAAAUGCAGUUGAACCAUCGAAAAAGGUAAGCUGAAAUGUGGCACGUCAGAAUGUCCUCCUAGUUUAGCGAAUGAUGGGGCGUCAUCAGCAGACAUAACUUCCCUUGGGUUUGACGGGACCCUUGGGUAUCCCUUGAAUUUUGAAGGCACACUGGGGUACAGGGUUUGAAGGGACCCUUGGGUAUCCCUUGAAUUUCGAAGGCACACUGGGAUACUGACUGUACAUUUACAUCAGUAAAAGACCCUCACACUUGUCCUUGCAUGUGCCUGUUUAGCAGGGUGCAAUACAUUCUUAGACAGGUUUGGUUGCAAGAAUCCGAAAAGAGACUUCCAUAAGAGAGCCACCCGUUUAGAUCAUUGCUGCAAUCACAUAAUUAAAUUGACAGGACGGGAGGGAGAGAUUGGUAACUUACAAUCGCAUAAGAAUCAACUUGGACAUGAGCGCCCUCGCGGUCACUUCUCAGAUGAUGUUUUGGUGCUGCCAAGGCCAUGACGUCCCCCAAAACCGUUGCCUACUUGACCUUUGCCUAGAGACGACACAGCUGUUUAGGUAAACUUUCUUUAUCUCAUACGCAAAAAGGUGCGUGGGAAAGACAGCCAAGAAGGUACCACAGAAAGACUUGUCAACUUAAGGUGGGUAGAUGUUGUUUUAUCAGAACCUGUUUUAGCACUUUAGUAUUUACAGUAGGUAUAAUUCACUCAGCGGAGUACCCUAAACCUUUCAGGUCAGCAUUGUAGAGCCUGCUCUGUCAGUCUAAUUUAUCUGAGAAUUAGGGUAAAGGUUUUUGAUUUGUGCUGUUUUAUUCUCUCUAAGAACAUGUGCUGUUUUGUUAAAUAAAAAGCCUGUUGUUUUUAUGACC